UCGAUUCAUGCAUGUAUAGAGUCAGCGUGGACCAAAAAGGAAGCCCUGGCGUGAACACAAAAGUGAUGCACAGCAACAAAGGAGAGGGUCGGCAGAUGAUUUUGAGUUCCUUAGCUGGAAGAUUUCAGAGGAGGAGUGAUGGUUUUACUCGAUCCGCCAAGUAAUGAGGAGCUUGUUCUUUAUAAACCAAAGUAAAAUUCUUGAACUCAUGUACGCUAUGCUAGGAGUUUUCCCCUUUGACAACAGGGUAUGCUGAUCAUAAUUCUUUGCAUGAGUAACAGGACGAGCAGCUAUACUCAUUGGAACCUAUAGGGCCAUAAAUAACUAGUACGGGCCUAGAAAGGCUGCGUAGAGGGCUAUUGCAAUCAUCAAAGGUGGGCAACGGCUAAUAAUUCUGCUUCAACUUAAUGAUGUAACUUAUACUUGAAGUUUGUCAAAAACAUGACUGUCCGGGUUUUACAAUUAAGGCAAAAGCAAAUUCAGUGUAAUUAACCGUCAAGCCAUUAUCAUGAACAGUAGCACCGCGGUUAACGAUGUGUAAGCUUUUGGAGUCAAAAAAACUUGUCCAGAAACCUGACUUCUUCGCGGCUAAAUCUGUGGGUAAGAAUCAUAGAGCUAUAUAAUUCUAUGAAUAUUAAUCUACCCAAUAACGAUAGAACACGUCGAUGCGCGUUUUCGAAUUAACAUGACGCGUCAUGUGCACUGUGGGGCGUGUUUGAAUUACGUGGCUACGGCACGCAGUGACACACAAUCUAUGACCAACGGCUGCAGCUGCUACCGGUAUCUACUGGCUGCCGUAUAGGCCCCCGUGUUGUGCCAACCGUAGCCAAGUCAUUCGGACACGGCCCCUGUCUGCUUAUGUCGGAAGUUGUCCCGAGCGGGCCGGAUGGGCUCGUUUCACACGUUCAGUGGCCCAGCACUUCGGCACAGUACAAAGAACUGCACAUGCACAUGUACAUACAUGUACAUGUACGUGUACACGUAAGUGCAGAUGCCCUAACGCGGGUCAGCGGUUAUGCACAAUUGAAGCCGCACAAUGCAAUGGGCUGGGAGGUCGCUGUGUGUACGGUUUGUUUACUAGCAUCAGUGAAUUUUAAAUGUCCACAACCGUUACAACCGUAGUGCGGGAUUCAGUAUCGCUAGUUGAAGGAAUUUUUCGUCACUGUUGCAGCGAAUGCUGGAUAUUAAUAUAAGAAGUUUCGUGAAAUGGAAAAUCCGGAGGAAAACAUAAUCGAACUGGGAAAUAAGACGAACGAUUUGUACAACGAAUUCGUGAGAGGUAUUAAAGAACAUCAGGUGUCAUCGUUUUUGGAGGCACAUCGGAUGCAGAUGUACAAGACUUGGCUGGAUGGAGAAGGAGGUGUUACCCAUAAUAUCUCGGCAUCCGAAGCCCUCAGCAUGGCUAUUGGACAUAACCACAUACAGUACAUCGAAUACCUACUGCAGGAAUACCCAGUGCAAUCCAUGAAGACUGGAGGUUACAGCUGCAGUCACCUUGCUCGGGCCGUGGAGAGUGACCUACCUGGUGUGGUACGGAGGCUUCUGCAGCACACCCUGAUGCUGCCUUCCUCGGAGGGUCACCGGUCCAAGCUGUACCACUACGGGUACCGAUUCAGAAAGACCAUACGGUCUGCUCCUGGGGUCAAGCUGACGCCAGAUCAAUUUAAGAGCAAGAAGACAAAAAAGGUGGCAAUGAUAAGCUACCUGAACAAAGCGUCGGGCUGCAUGAUGUCUGGACCGAGCAAAACUGCAGUCCAUCUGGCAAGCGAGCUUGGCCGUGCAGCCUGCCUGAAAGAGCUCCUCCAUCACGGUGCUGUCCCGACCCCCAUAGACAACGCUGGACUCACCCCCUUGGACUACGCACUCCGUAAACUCUGCAGUCGCGACACCAGGAGAAGUGCGACCAAUCCAGCUGUAGCAGCCCAGGGCUUGAAGGAGCUUCUUCCCUACUUACCUGUAGUCCAAGCAGCCCCAGAGACUGUUGAACUGGUGAAGGAGACUUUGAAACAAGCAGGUGCAUCUCCGGAACAGAAGGCGAUUCUGCCAUGGGUUCUCAGGGAGAUAUCAACCCCCAGAUCUCUGCAACAGAUCUGUAGACACAGUAUUCGGUCGGAGAUCAGCCGUGCUCGCGUCCAACCUGUUCUGACUGGAGUUUUUCAGCUACCGUUACCAAAACUUGUCAAGCACUAUCUUUUUGCACAAGUUUCGUCUCAAAACGUGAAGUGAAUGACUGAGGAAGAACGAAUAAUAAUUAUGCAAUUACUGACUGCAAGUGUGUACAGGUGUAUCUUAAAUUAAACUCGUCCAAUAUCAUCAAACGAAGAGGACUUCAGGUAGAUAGAUUUACUUUUAUUUAAUGGAAAGCAUAUGUAGAUGGUAACUUUUCACUUCAAUUCCUUGUUUUUAUAACUGAUUAAAUUGCAAUCCAUCCCAUCUUCUAGUAAAAAAACAAAUACGAGACAGAAGGUGCAUUUUCAUGACGCAUAUCUUAUAUUUUGUAUUGUUUUUUAUUCAAAUGCAUUCGAUAAAAUUUAUGUAUGUACAAUACAUGUAUGCAUGGCUUCCUGUACAGAUUGUUGUUUUCACAUUUUACCCCAGCACUGCUUUGUACAUAGGAUUAGUAAACAUUAUAACAUUCAUUGACAUACUUGGAAAUAUCUGGAGAAUGUAUAUAACUGGUUGAACAUAUUUGUCGGUGUUUAAAGUCCCAAGUAUUAAUUUGUAGGUUUUCAGAACUUAAAAUUAAUGUCAACAGCACUACUGUUUGGACAAGAAAGUUGUCAAUGCGGAUAGGCUUAGAUGUUGUUUAAUUGGUCGACAGCAGUAAGACGUAAGCACAAAUUCAUACGAUUGAAAUAUGAGAAAUAAUUAUUUUUCUCUUUCCUCUCCUCGAAACAGUUUGGAUGAUACAAUUUGGGAAACAAGUUUUGAAACAUCGAAAAGCCGCAUGCACUUCAAUUACCAAUUUAGAAACGAAUGCGCAACUACACUCUCCCAAUACAUCUAUCAUAUUCAGUCCUUCAAUUUUAAUUUUUUUUAUAAUUAUAUUAAUAUAAAUUGCUAUACAUUUUAAUGUGUAUAUAGAAUUUGCUAUCUAACUUAAAAUGCUUUUCAAGAAAAAUGUGCGGUAUUAAUGGAAUUACAUGUAUUUCGAAAUGGGUUAUUU